AUAAAAUUGAUACAAAUUCGAUUUUCACAUAUUUGCAGGCUUGACUUUCCCUCGGGAUCUUCCGCUUCUUCUUCUUCCAUUUCCAAUGAUUGCAAAUUUCAGGCCAUCUUUCUUCCUCCUCCUUCUACUCCGCCGCCUUCAACCUCUCAAGGAAUCUGCUUAUUACCAUUUUCUCUCAUCCCUUACCGCUUCUUUUCUUUCUCUUCUCCUUCUCUUCCUUCUCGCUUUCAAUGGCCUUCACGUCUUCUUUACUUACUCACCGUCGCCGGAGAAGACGAUUCCUCAUUCUCCCCCUUUCUCGCCGGAUAAACGAUGCUCCAAUCUUUCUUCUUCCGUUCCCGCUUCGACCCACGUUCUUUUUUCCAUCGAACAAAAACACCCACCGGUGAUUUUUAAAUCAAAUUCCUCUGUUUUUCACAAUCCCCAUGUUAAAAUCCGCGCUGAUGACUCUGCUGAACUGGCGGCGAAGAGGGUCGGGAAAUACAAGCGCCGCCUGAGAAGCCUCCGGCUGGAAUCAAGAGAAAACGAAUUUUCAGCAAGGAUUGAGGAGUUCUUGGCUGCGAAUUCAUGUAAGCUUAGAUUUUUCAUGAUUUGGAUUUCACCAUUGAAUUCGUUUAGCGACAGAGAAUUUUGGGCAAUACAGAGCAUAUUCAAGGCUCAUGAAAAUGGAAAUCCGUGUUUGGUCAUUGUCUCGAAUUCCCUCGAUUCCACAAAAGGGAAACAAAUUCUCAGCCCAUUCUCGGAAAAAGGGUUCCCUUUGAUUGUAAUUUCUCCGGAUUUCGAUUCAAUUUUCAGAAACACCGAAGCAGAGCCAUGGUUCAAUCAACUCCGACAAGGAAUCAUAAAACCCGGCGAAAUUUCUUUAGCUCAAAACCUCUCAAACUUGCUCCGAUUGGCUCUGCUAUACAAUUUCGGCGGCAUUUACCUCGACGCCGACGUGAUAAUUCUAAAGAACUUCACAAAUCUCCGAAACGUAAUUGGAGCUCAAACCAUCGAUUUGAAAACCGGAAAUUGGAGCAGAUUGAACAACGCAGUGAUGAUCUUCGACAAAAAUCACCCACUUCUCCUUCAAUUCAUCCAAGAAUUCACCACAACUUUCGACGGAAACAAAUGGGGUCACAACGGACCGUAUUUAGUAUCAAGAGUGGUGUCGAGAUUGAACCAAAAUCCUGGUUUUAAUUUGACUGUUCUUCCUCCGUCGGCGUUUUACCCUGUUGUUUGGAGCAGAAUCAGGGCUCUGUUCCAGAGUCCAAAAGAUGCAGUUCAUUUGAAAUGGGUAAAGGCGAAACUGAAACACAUUGAAUCCCAGAGCUUGGCUCUCCAUUUGUGGAACAGCCAUAGCCGAAAGUUUCAAGUUGAGAAGGGAAGCAUUGUUGAUAUUAUAGUAACAAUGAAAUCGUAAAUUACAUUUGUUGUUUAAAGAUAUCAUCAUAGAUUUAGAACAGUCCUUAAUUUUCUGGGAAAUGUUUUGGUACUUUGUUUCUGAAAGAUGUUAAGGAAUUUAGACAUCAAAUUUUACUGUCGGAAAUUGAAUGUCACAGAGGAA